AACUAACUUCAUAAAUUCAUGUGAUUAGAGAUAUAUUUUGUGUUGGAUUAAAAUUGAAAGCACAUUGUCUGUUGCUAACGUGUUUUAUACAAUUUAAAUUUGAGCAGUCAUUCUUCCAGUCGAAGUAAAAUUUGGUUACGCGAUUGUAAGACUUAUAACAGCGAACAACAAUAUUUUUUGAAAAGUUUCGUUUAGAAGGAAUGAUUUCUGAAUAGUAUUUGCUCGGAUAACUGAUCGUAAGAUGUUUAGGUAAUAAGAGCAGCUAUGAGUUAUCCAGCCUCUACACCUAGUGCGCCUCCACCAGGAAUCAAUCCUCAAUUUAUGCCUGGAGAUCCAAGUGCUCCUCCUGGCUAUCCACCACCUUCAGAAGGUUAUCCACCUUCAGGAGGUUAUCCGCCUUCAGGUGGUUAUCCACCUUCAGGAGGUUAUGCACCUUCUGGGGGAUAUCCCCCUGCUCCAGGUUAUCCACCUUCACAACCAAUGGAUGCUUACCCACCUCAAGGUGGUGGUUAUCCACCUUCACAACCAAUGGAUGCUUACCAACCUCAAGGUGGUGGUUAUCCACCUUCACAACCAAUGGAUCCCUAUCCUUCCCAAGGAGGUGGUUAUCCUCCUUCUGGUUAUCCACAACCUGGUGGGUAUCCACCAGGUCCAAUGAUUAAUCAACCUACUCCUGGUCCAGGUUAUCCAUCUCCAAAUGCUAUGCAGCCGUCUGGUGAUGGAAAUUGGAUGCCUGUUCCAACUGGUGUUCCUGUAUGCCCUCCCGGACUAGAAUAUCUCACUAUGAUUGAUCAAAUGAUUGUACACCAAAAAGUGGAAAUGCUUGAAGCUAUAAUUGGCUUUGAAACUAAGAACAAGUAUACUAUUAAAAAUAGUAUGGGGCAAAAAAUGUACACAGCUAAAGAAG